UAGAUGGCUAGAGUUGUAGGAUCAACAGGUUUCUGGAUAAUAAUUUCUAUCCAUGUCAUGUAUUUGGUGUUAGCUCAAGAUGGGGAUCAAUUCGUGCACUAUGACUUCAGGGAAGCAGGCCUGCAUCUUGAUGGAAUGGCAAAUACAAACGAUGGUCCAUUGCAUCUUACAAAUGAUACAGCAAAGAGCACAGGUCAUGCUUUCCACAAAGGUCCCAUGAAGUUCACAGGGUCGUCUUCGAGUUCAAAUUCAUUUUCAACAGAAUUUGUCUUUGCAAUCUUUCCACUGCAAAGCCCCCCUCGCUACGGUCAAGGUAUGGCUUUUGUGGUAGCUCCUACCACAGACCUUAUGAUGAACAACUCCGCAACUUCAUAUUUAGGACUUUUCAACAGAACAAAUGAUAACAAAACUGAAAACCAUAUCCUGGCUGUAGAGCUUGACACUAAUGACAGCUCUGAACAAGCUGACAAAAGCGCAAACCAUGUGGCGAUUAAUAUUAAUAGUAUAGUCUCGGUAGAACAUGCCGAUGCUAGUUACUUUAAUGAUACAGAGAAGAAGAACAAAACCCUGCUGCUUGCUAGUGAAAAAAGUAUUCUGAUGUGGAUAGAUUAUGAUGGAGUAGAGCAACUACUAAAUGUAACGUUAGCUCCAGUACCAACUCCAAAGCCAGUUUCACGUCUCUUGUCAAGAUCCAUCAAACCAAGUGUGCCUCUCUUGUCAAGAUCCAUCAAUAUCUCAGAAAUUUUCAAUGAGACGAUGUUUGUAGGCUUCUCUGGUUCCACAGGCUCAGUCAAAAGUGACCAGUAUAUCCUUGGAUGGAGUUUCAAGAAAGGUGGAAAAGCAGAGAGCCUUGACUUGUCAAGGAUUUCUGAUCCCCCUGAUCGACCUACACCACCAUCCUCUCCACCACCACCACCACCUUCGCCAGUAGCAGAGUCUGGAGACACUAAUAAGUUAAGUCUAAUUCUAGGUACUACUAUACCGUCAGUUGCAUUUCUGUUGAUGCUGGGAGGAAUUUUGUAUCUAUACAAGAGAAGGAAGUACGCAGAGGUGCUUGAACAAUGGGAACAAGAAUAUAUCCCACAAAGGUAUUCCUUUAAGAACCUCUACAAAGCAACCAAGGGUUUCAGGGAGAAUCAGCUACUUGGCGCAGGAGGUUUUGGAAAAGUAUAUAAAGGAGAACUUCCUUCUGGUGUUCAGAUUGCUGUUAAGAGAGUCUACCAUGAUGCAGAGCAAGGAAUGAAACAGUAUGUGGCAGAGAUCGCUAGUAUGGGAAGGCUAAGGCACAAGAACUUGGUGCAGCUUCUUGGUUACUGCAGAAGGAAAGGUGAAUUGCUUUUGGUCUAUGACUACAUGCCAAAUGGAAGCCUUGACGACUACUUGUUCAAUAAAAACAAGCUAAAAGACCUCACUUGGUCACAGAGAUUGAACAUAAUCAAGGGAGUAGCAUCUGCACUUCUGUAUCUUCAUGAAGAGUGGGAACAAGUUGUACUACACAGAGAUAUCAAAGCUAGCAACAUUCUUCUAGAUGCUGAUCUAAAUGGAAGGUUGGGAGAUUUUGGGCUUGCAAGAUUCCAUGAUCGUGGCGAGAAUCUUGAAGCCACACGUGUGGUAGGAACCAUUGGCUACAUGGCACCAGAGCUUACAGCAAUGGGAGUGGCCACAACAAAAACCGAUGUCUAUGCCUUUGGAUCUUUCAUUCUUGAGGUGGUCUGUGGAAGGAGACCAGUAGACCCUGAGAGACCACUUGAGCAGAUGAUCUUACUUAAGUGGGUUGCUAGUUGCGGAAGCAGAGGCGCGUUAUUGCAUACUGUUGACAGUAAGCUAGAAGGAGACUAUAAAGCUGAGGAGGCCACAGUGCUUUUGAAGCUAGGCAUGCUUUGUUCACAGAGUAACCCAGAAAACAGACCUAGUAUGAGACAAAUGAUACACUAUCUGGAAGGAAACGCCAAUAUUCCAGACAUAGCAUUUGAUACAGCUGGAUUUGGUAUGCCCAAUAUAAGCAAUGAAAAGGUAACACAAAUGACAGCCACCUCCUCAUCAGCUAAUUUCUCAUUUGAAGAUGUUACAAUCCUAUAUGGCGGUCGUUGA